CUUAAAGAGAAAGCAGCGGAAGCCGGAAGCCUAGGAAGGUUCUUCAGCACCGCAUUAAAACAGUGCCAGGCUGAACUAUUCUUCUCAGGCUCCUGUCGCUGACAUGUGGCAGCAGAUCCUCCAAAAUGUGCGGUCCUGUGACUCAACCCAGAGAAAUAUGAUUGCAGCUUCCUGUGCUCUAGGAGGUGGAAGCCUCCUGGCUUUUUGGCUUCUGUCCAGGCACAGGAUGAAGACCUUGGAAAUGGGAGAUGGAUGGUGGGGUUCCGGUGAGCGCUCACCAAGAGACAAAGAAGAUGAAGGAAUUAGACCCUUCCAAGUGAGAACUUCUGAGGCAGAAAUCCAGGAUUUGCAUCACCGUCUCGACCAGGCCCGCUACACAUCACCACUGGAGGGGUCCGCUUUCAAUUAUGGUUUCAACUCCAACUAUCUGCAGAAGGUGAUCUCCUAUUGGAAGAAUCAGUUUGACUGGCAGAAGCAAGUUAACAUUCUCAACCAAUAUCCACAUUAUAAAACUACAAUUGAAGGGAUUGAAAUUCAUUUUAUCCACGUGAAACCAUCUCACAGCCCAAGAGGCCAGACUGUCAGACCACUGCUAAUGGUACAUGGCUGGCCUGGCUCUUUCUAUGAAUUCUACAAGAUCAUCCCAUUCCUUACUGGUCCUGUUGGUCAUGGAUCGAGUGGCGAGGAUCUGGUGUUUGAGGUCAUCUGUCCAUCCAUCCCAGGGUAUGGCUUCUCGGAGGCCCCCCACAAGCAAGGCUUUAACUCAGUGGCUGCUGCUCGGAUCUUCCACAAGCUGAUGCAGAGACUGGGCUUCCAAGAAUAUUACCUACAGGGUGGAGACUGGGGCUCUCAUAUCACCACCAUCAUGGCCCAAAUGCUGCCCAAGUCUGUAAAGGGGCUUCACCUGAACAUGAUCUUCAUAUCUAAUAUUGGUUUGAGUGGCUUACUGGGCUUACUACUGGGAGCUUAUGUGCCAUGGCUGGUGGGCCUCACCAGGGAAGAUUCACGCCGUUUAUUCCCAUAUUUUGAGAAGCAUGUAUAUCAUUUCUUGCGGGAGACUGGCUACAUGCACAUCCAGGCCACCAAGCCAGACACAGCAGGAUGUGGAUUGAAUAACUGUCCUGUGGGUCUUGCUGCAUACCUCCUAGAGAAGUUUUCCACCUGGACAGAUAAAUCUUUCAAAAACAUUGACAAUGGAGGUCUUGAAAGAAAAUAUACUCUGGAUGAACUUUUGACCAACGUCAUGAUUUACUGGGUGACUUCCUCUAUUGUGCCAUCAAUGCGUUUCUACAAGGAGAAUUUAUCCCAGAACCCUGGAAAUGCUCCUGAUGCCAGGAUUCCAGUUUAUGUUCCCACUGGUGUUGCUGCCUUCCCUAACGAACUUACCCACGCUCCACGGUCCUGGACAAAGAAGAAGUUUAAGAAUAUUGUCACCUAUUCCUACAUGGCACGUGGUGGGCACUUUGCUGCCUUUGAGGAACCUGAGCUCCUGGCUCAAGAUAUCAAGCAAUUUGUAAGCAAGGUGGAAAAUCUGUGAGUUAACAUGCCACAAGCACCAGAACAAGAGUAUGAAGCUUUCAAGGCAACUUGCAGGGGCUGAAGCAAAAUAUUGGCCCAGUUCAGAUGCAACAGAGCCAGGAUUUAAGCCUGACUUUACCCAACAUCCCCUGGCCUCAGUCAUGUGCACUCUCCAAUCCCCUUUGUGUAGAGAAGAAAGGAUUCUACUUCUUAUCCUGGCACAGAAGAAGGGGUUGUCUCAGCUUUGGAUACUGGUUCAUUUUAAAAAAAUUCUGACUAGAGUAAGUCAGGAUUGCCUCGUUCAGACCUGGCAAUAUCCUGGCUUGUCCUAAGCCAGAAUCAGGAGUGGAAUCCUUCUCUCCCUUAUGCACCAAGAAGUGGGAGCACACACCUGAGGCCAGGGGAUGCCACACAAAGCCAAGAUUCAGCCAUAGCUCCAUAUUACAUCUGAACUGGGCCAUUGUUAUUGUGUGACUGCUGCUUAAGCUUCAGAGAGUCAAAUGUUCCUUUUACAAGAGGUUGGUUGUUCCAGCCACACAAAGAAGUUAAAUAAAAGAGUGGACACUAGUCACAUUUUAAAAAGACAA